UUAAGGUUAGCAGUUGUAUGACUUGGUGGCUGUGCCAGCUAGUGACCACUCUUCAGAGCUGCUUCCAGAACAAGAUUCAUGACGGAAAACGCUAACCUGCCCUUUCUGCGUCUUUGUCGAGCGCCUUCUGCGUUGCCAGGACGACCAGAAGGGGCUGACCCCGUCCACGUGACAGAGCUCCUCUUUCUCCUGCUUCGGGUGUAGUGUGUGCUCUGUUGUGCUGUCUGCUGCCACUGUGACAGAUUUGGGGGAAAGAGAAAGUGGUCUGUCUGGUUUUGCCACCAGACAGUGGAGUUGGUGUCUGGACCGAGAGAGCAGUCGGGCACUGAAAGAUGGAGCUCUCUGCGGUCGGGGAACGCGUUUUCGCCGGCGAAGCCAUUCUGAACACCCGCGUUCGCAAGGUGAGCACCGCCGUUUUUUUGUCGUUGCAGAAGAGCAGACGUGGGCGAGGGUCUCCGCGGCGUGCUUCGAGGGCGAGAACCGAGGAUCUCAGCUUUUCCUCUAAAAUGACAAAACAAGACAGCAUACCAGCCAACUUAUUAACACAGUACUGGGAACCAGAAGAGAAUAUCCUGGAUGGCAGACUGAUUGCAGGAUUUGAACAGAAAGAGCGUGAGAGAGAACUCCACGAGCCAAAGAAGCGGGGACCAAACCCAAAAACUUCCUGCCAAGGCACGGAGCCCAGAAGAAAGAGACCCCACACUCGAGCACCUCGCUCCACUUCUUCCUCCUCUCCUCGAGCCCCUCCAUCCUUCCCCUCCGCCUCUCCAGCGCCCUCCCCUAAACUCAACUCCAUGGGCGCACACAAGCUGAAGAAAGACAUUCGCCGCUGCCAUCUACGUAUGUCGCGCCAGCCCCUGUACCGUCGCACCGACCCCCUGGCCACUCCCGGAUCCUUCUCCGGCCCCAGUGGGUUCCCCUCGCGGCCCCCCGUCUCCCCCUUCUCAGAGACCGUCCGCAUCCUCAAUCGUCGCGUCAAACCACGCGAGGUCAAACGGGGUCGCAUCAUCCUAAACCUCAAYGUCAUCGACAAASCAGGAAGUGGAGGCGGAGGAAGGGGRGGCGGGGGUAACCGGAGGGCGCCAUCCGGCUCCAUGUCCCUCCAAGGGGGUCGUCAGAACAUCCCCUCCCGAAAUAGGAUCAUAGGGAAGAGGAGUGGAGAGGCUCCGUACCGGCCCUUCCAGCCCAUGCUGGGGUUCCCCAUGUACGGGAAGCCGUUUGGUCUCCAGUGUGGCGGCCCAGGACCUCUACACCUUCCACACUCAGCCACAGGCUCCAGCACAGGGACCUCAGGGGCUAGGGACACCCAGCCACCCCCCUCUCCCUCCAGCUCCAGUGGAUCCACCACACCCGCCCAGAACCAUCCUACCCCUCCUGGACCCGCCACUGGGGCCUCUGGGUCYGCUCCCAACUUGGGCGCCCAGGCUUCGGCCUCCUCUGCCCAGUCUACCCCUAGCCACCCCCCAGAGCUCCAGAAGAACCAGAACGCUGAACAAGGACCAAACCCCCUCCUUCCCUCCCUCUCCUUUGCUUCCGGGUCCUCCUCUUCCUCCUUUGAUGAAGAGGAGGAUGAUGCUGAUGCUCUGGACCUUUCCGCGCCUCAGGAGGGGAAGAGGAAGCUUCGCCGUCGGCGCCGGCAGAAACGCCAGCCGCCCUCCGUCAGUACCGCCUCCCCUCCUCACCCCCCUGGCGCCUGUCCCUUGACCUCCAACUCUCAGAGGGUCCCCGCCGAGGGCGACCCCGACUGGCAUCCAGAGAUGGUGGCGAGCAGCGCCAACGUGGUCGUGACCGACGUCACCACCAACCUCCUCACCGUCACUAUCAAAGAGUUCCCCUCCCCCUCAUCCCGCCCCUCCUCCCCCC